AUGUUAGCUCUGUGGCAUCAAGAGCAGGGCGUCGUGGGUUGUGAUGAUGUCACACACUUCCUGUGUGUGUUUGCACUAAAUGUUGACAUGUUGCUGCUGGCCUCACGUCCUGAUUGGAAGUGUGUGACUCCUGUCAGUCAGAGGACAAAGUGGGCGUGGCCUUCACGAGAACAAUGUGUCCUUGUAUGUGACAAGGAGGGGGUGUGGGGAUUCCUGGAGCAAAUUGUUCCUGCAGCGUGUGGCCUGAAGGACAACCUCGCCAUGUUCCCAAACGCUCCUCUUUAUCCGGGCUUUGUGGUGCGGGGAGGUGACACAGUGGUGCUGUGCCGCAGCAGAUUGCUGAGUGUCUUGAUGCUCAACGUCUUCAUGUGCGUCCUAAUGGUUCUAACCUGGAAGCUGGGCCUGGACCAUAGUGGACUCCAGAGGGUUCACAUCCCAUCCAGGAGUUUCUGGUGCCAGCAGGCAGUGAGCGGAUCCUUCUGGAAUAAAGAGCAGCAGCGACUGGACGCCCUCUACAACCCCCUCCUGGGCCCUACUCACUCCAGAGACCGUCUCAAUGACACCGGGCCUGUGGACACGUGUGAAGCGGACCACAGAGUCCUGACGCAAGUGUGGGACUACAACACGCUACCGCGUCGCCUCCAGGACUUUCUCCUGUACAUGCGCUGCAGGAAGUACCGCAUUCUCAUCACGCCGGGCCAGGCAUGCCACCAGGACCUCUUCCUGCUACUGGCAGUCAAGACACUGGUGCCCCACUUUGGGCAACGCCAAGCCAUUCGGCAGACGUGGGGACGAACCGGUGUUCUUGCCAACCGCACGGUGGCCACGGUGUUCCUGCUUGGCCAGACCCUGUCGCAAGACCACUUCCCAGACCUUCGUGGGAUGCUAGGCCGGGAGGCGGAGCUUCAUGGAGAUCUCCUCCAAUGGGAGUUCAGGGACACCUUCCUCAACCUGACCCUGAAGGAGGCGCUCUUCCUGGACUGGUUCCACCACAACUGUCCACGAGCCCGAUACGUCCUCAAGGCCGAUGACGAAGUCCUCGUCAACACUUUGCGAGUGCUGGACUUCUUAGAAGCUCUUCCCUUGGUGAAGUCAAAAGAUCUGUUCGUUGGUGACGUCAUCUGGAACGCCGGCCCACACAGAGACCAGAAGCUCAAGUACUUUGUCCCACAGAGUGUUUUUACAGGAGAGUACCCGCCCUACGCCGGGGGCGGGGGCUAUUUGCUGUCUGGGGACGUGGCGCUCCGUCUUCAGGAUGUCUCUCGCCAGGUGGUCUUGUACCCCAUUGACAACGUCUACACAGGAAUGUGCCUGCAGAAGCUGGGCCUGGUUCCGGAGACGCACUCGGGCUUCAGAACGUUCGACAUUGACGAUGAGUUCCGCGAGAACCCGUGCGCCCACAGGAAAUUGAUGCUGGUUCACAGCCGCACGCCGCAAGAAAUGCUGAAGAUCUGGACCUGGAUUGUCCGACCACACCUGGGCUGUCAGUGAUGUUCUAGCAGAACCCGAUCAAGAUGCACAGCACAGAACAUCUAACAUCACCACAAGAACCUUCUUUGCACUUUACAGUAUGAGGUUGAUCUUCUCAGGAAUUUGUUUCUAUUCUCAAUUAAUCCCAUUGUUCUUGUCAUGUUUCAAAAGCACUAAAGACCCUAAAGGCAUCAAAGAGUCUUGGAGUUUGAUCAUUUAAAUGUUUUUAUUCUCAUUUUGAUUAAUAUUAAUACUACAUUGCUACGACUUUGAAUAAAUUUAAUAACAAUUACCGGUGAAGAAAACUGACCUGAAUUAAUA